AUGAAUCCAGUUUAUAAUCUUAUAAGGAAGAUAAAUCCAAGCAUUUUCAUCCAUGGAACAGUUAAUGUACCUUGCAAGGAGCCCUUCUUUGCCACACGGUUCCAACGGGCACUUUCCUACUACUCAUCAAUGUUUGAUAUGUUUGAUACAAUCCUUGUUCGUGAAAGUCAUGAGAGACUUCUAUUUGAGAAAGAUAUUUUUGGGCAGCAAAUUAUGAAUAUCGUAGCAUGUGAGGGUUUAAAUAGGGUUUUUAGGCCGCAGACGUAUAAAGAUUGGCAGAUUCGAAAUAUGGCUGCUGGAUUUAGGCAACUUCCAUUGGAUAGGGAACUUAUGAUGACAAUGAAGGCUAAGGUGAAAUCUAGCUACCACCAAAAUUUUUUUAUUGAUGAAGAUGGUCAUUGGAUGCUACAAGGAUGGAAACAUCAAAUUUUGACUGCCGUCUCCUGCUGGAUUCCUACACCAGAGUGUUGA